UGUAGCAUGGUAACAUCGUUGUAAUUUCCUGGCUUCGCUAUGAAACGUUAACUUGUAUAAAAUUUCUGCCUCUUUCUCCAGCCGAUUGUCAGAAUCUAGAGAGUGCCCGGAUGCUAAAACCCGUUGACGCGUAACUGAGUCAAUCAAUCAAACAUUCAAUCAAUGGCGACGUCGGAUCUGCAGAGGAAGGCGAAGGAAGCUUUCAUCGACGACCACUUCGAACUGGCCAUUGACCUCUAUUCUCAGGCCAUCUCGUUAAAUCCUAACGACGCCGAGCUCUUUGCCGACCGCUCUCAAGCCAACUUCAAACUCUGCAACUUCACCGAAGCUGUUUCUGAUGCGAAUAAGGCAAUUGAGUUGGACCCUACAAUGGCCAAAGCGUAUCUGCGUAAAGCCAAGGCAUGUAUCGAGCUUGAAGAAUACCAGACUGCUAAGACAGCCUUGGAAAGUGGCACCUCUUUAGCACGAACUGAUUCCAGGUUUAUUGACCUGAUUAAAGAAUGUGAUGAGCUCAUAGCAGAGGAAGCUGGAGAGCUGCCUAAAGAAUUGCCGGAUAAAGUCACGACGAGUGUAGUGACUCCUAAUGAUGUGCUGCCAGCCAUUACCUUGUCCAAUCAAAAAACAACGGUGUCAUCGACCAAACCUAAAUACAGGCAUGAAUUUUAUCAAAAGUCUGAUGAAGUGGUUUUAACAAUAUUUGCAAAGGGUAUACCAGCUGACAAGAUCGUGAUUGACUUUGGUGAACAAAUACUCAGUGUCACCAUCAAUGUACCUGGUGAAGAAGCAUAUCAUUUUCAACCUCGGUUAUUUGGAAAGGUGAUGUCUGAACUUCAUAUGCUUGACAGAUUUUUUCCUUCAAGUUCAUGUUUGAUAUGCUGUAGUGGACGUGUGGAGCGUACAGGAUUUCAGAUUCUUUUUCUUUCUUAA